AUGGGUAGUAGCAGCAAGAAGAAAAGGAGCACCACUGUUUCCGAACAACACGAAGAAGAAGAAAACGGCGUAGUUUCUCAAGAGGAACCUCUCAAUAAGAAACCUAAAAACACUGAAUCUUCCGCCACGCCAUCUUCAAUGGAAAGCAAGAAGAAACGAAAAGCUUUCCAAAAGGAGAGGCGUAGCGCCAAAUCCAAAUCCAAAUCCGAACUCGCAGAUUCGGAUUCGAAACCUGCAGUUGUGUUGACGGACUCAGCUAGCGGGAGCGGCGGCGAUUCACUACCGGAGUUUCAUAUUGGUGUGUUUAAGGACUUAGCGGCCGCGGCUGAAUCGGUCAGGGAAGCUGCUGCUAAACAAUUGGUGACGGAAUUGAAGGACGUUCAGAAUGCUUAUGGUGGAGUUCAGGGGAAGGAGAGUGGUGACGCUGGUUUUAAGCUGGAAGCUGAGAAGAAUGAUGGAUUGGAUGAAUGUGCACCUUCUGUUAGAUAUGCUGUUCGUAGGCUUAUUCGAGGUGUUUCUUCUUCAAGAGAGUGUGCGCGACAAGGUUUUGCAUUAGGUUUAACAGUUUUAGUUGGUGCUAUCGACAAAAUCAAGGUUGAGUCUUUCCUUAAACUCGUGGUAGAUCUGUUGGAAGUAACUUCAUCAAUGAAGGGUCAGGAAGCGAAAGAUUGUUUUCUGGGCCGUUUAUUUGCUUAUGGUGCUCUGGCUCGAUCAGGAAGGCUUAUUGAAGAAUGGAGCAUGGAUAAAAAUACUCCAUACAUAAAAGAGUUUGUCGGUAUACUUAUUGCCCUUGCCACUAAGAAGCGAUACUUGCAAGAGCCCGCCGUCUCAAUAAUUCUAUAUUUGGUUGAAAAGUUGCCUGCUGAAGCAUUAGCGAAUCAUAUUAAUGAAGCUCCUGGGCUCGACAAGUGGUUUGAAUCUGCUGCCGAAGUAGGAAAUCCCGAUGCUCUAUUCCUUGCUUUAAAAGUUCGAGAGAAAAUUUCGACAGACAGCUCCAUUUAUGGGAAACUACUACCAAAUCCGUUUAGCUCUAGCCAGCUUUUCUCUGCUGAUCACCUGUCCUUCCUGAGUAAUUGUUUAAAGGAGGCAACCUUCUGUCAGCCCCGUGUUCAUAGUAUCUGGCCUGUUUUGAUAAAUAUACUUAUACCCAAUACUGUUCCACAAUUGGAAGAUGCAGCGACAGCUUCAAAUUCUUUAAAGAAACAUAAGAAGAGUAGAAAAUCUUGCUCUUCUGAUGAGGAAAUUGCGAAGAAUCUCAAGUCUUUUUGUGAAAUUAUUGUUGAAGAAUCCCUUCUCUUCUCAUCUCAUGACCGUAAGCGCUUAGCUUUCGAUGUUAUGUUUCUUCUUCUGCAAAAGCUGUCUGCAUCUUUAGUUCCAAUUGUUCUGUCAAACAAAGUUGUUCAGUGCCUAAUGGAUAUACUGUCAACAAAUAACACAUGGCUGUAUAAAGUUGGACAACAUUUUCUUAAACAAUUAUCAGAUUGGGUGGGAGACGAUGAUGUCAAAAGAGUUGCUGUUAUAGUGGCUAUACAGAAGCACAGCAAUGGAAAAUUUGAUUCUAUCACUAGGACAAAGCAUGUUAAAAAUUUGAUGUCACAUUUCAAAACAGAACCUGGAUGCAUGCUCUUUGUUCAAAACUUGAUGAACCUGUUUGUGGAUGAAGAUAAUGUCAUGGAGGAACCCUCAGAUCAGAGUCAAACAACAGAUGAAAAUUCUGAAAUAGGCUCUGUUGAGGAUAAAGAUUCUCCUAGGACAAAUGGGAAUUCAGACUUUUUGAAGAGUUGGGUUAUAGAAUCCCUUCCUGGUAUUUUGAAAUUCUUAAAGCUGGACCAUGAGGAGAAGUUCCGAGUGCAAAAAGAAAUAUUGAAAUUUAUGGCUGUUCAGGGUCUGUUCACGGCAUCUCUUGGCUCUGAAGUGACUUCGUUUGAGUUGGACGAGAAAUUUAGGUGGCCAAAAACUCCAACAUCUAAUGCUCUUUGCAAGAUGUGUAUUGAGCAGCUGCAGUUGUUGUUGGCAAAUGCUCAGAAGGGAGAUGGCUCCCGAGCUUUGGUUAAUAGCCUUGAGCCGAAUGAUCUGGGUUUGUACUUCAUGAAGUUCUUCAGCACCUUAUGCAGCAUUCCUUCAGUUUCCCUUUUCCGGACUUUAGACGACGAGGAUGAAAAAGCUGUAAAAGAUUUGCAAGCAAUGGAAGCUAAAUUAUCCAGAGAGGAAAAGAUCCAUGACUGCAGUGUUGAUGCAGAUAGAGACCAUGCACUGCGUUACUUGCUUAUUCAGUUGCUCUUACAAGUCCUUCUUUGUCCAAGGGAAUACUCGGAAGCUGCAUCUGAACUCAUCAUCUGUUGUAAGAAAACAUUUUCUACUUCUGAUAACCCCGAGUCCUCUGGAGAAGAUGAUACAGAGGUUGAUGAUGCACCUGAAUUGAUGGAUGUUCUCGUGGAUACAUUGCUCUCUCUGCUUCCACAGUCAUCAGCUCCUAUGCGGUCUGCUAUUGAUCAGGUGUUCAAAUAUUUUUGCAGUGAUAUCACCGAUGAUGGGCUGAUGCGGAUGUUGCGUGUCAUAAAGAAAAAUUUAAAACCUGCAAGACAUCCCGAUGCAGCUAGUGCAGAUGAAGAUGACGAUGAUGAAGAUGAUGACUUAUUCAAUAUUGAAGAUGAAGAAAUUGAUCAAGCUGAGACUGGUGAAACAGGUGAGAGCGAUGGGCUGUCUGAUGACUCUGAAUCUGUGGUUGAGGCAGAGGAAACUGGGCAGGACCAUCAUGAAGCUUCUGAUGACUCAGAUAGUGGGAUGGAUGAUGAUGCAAUGUUCAGGAUGGAUACAUAUCUUGCUCAAAUUUUCAAAGAGAAGAAAAAUCAGGCGGGAAAUGAAACUGCUCAAUCCCAGCUUUUGUUGUUCAAACUCCGCAUCCUUUCAUUAUUGGAAAUUUUCCUUCAUGAAAAUCCAGGUAAGCCUCAGGUUCUUACUGUGUACUCACAUUUGGCGCGGGCCUUUGUUAACCCACACACUGCCGAAGUUAGUGAGCAGCUCAGUCAGCGUCUAUGUGGAAUAUUGCAGAAGAAAAUAUUUAAAGCAAAGGAUUAUCCAAAGGGUGAUGGAGUCCAAUUAUCCACACUUGAAUCUCUGCUAGAGAGAAAUUUGAAACUAGCAUCAAAACCAUUCAGAAAGCAGAAGUCUGGAACCAAGACCUCAAAGCAAUCAGCUGAACAACAGAAAAGGAUUUCUUCCUUUCCCCAAACUUCAACAUUUUGGAUAUUGAAAAUUGUCGAUUCAGGUAAUUUUGCCGAGUCCGAACUGCAGGGGAUUAUUCAAAUAUUCCAGAAAACAUUGGUUGAUUAUUUUGACAGUAAGAAGUCUCAAAUCAAAGCUGGAUUUUUAAAAGAAAUAUUUCGAAGAAGACCAUGGAUUGGCCAUGCUGUAUUUGGUUUUAUUUUGGAGAGAUGUGGAAGUGCCAAAUCAGACUUUCGGCGAGUCAAAGCACUUGAUUUGGUAAUGGAAAUAAUGAAGUCACUAGCAACCCAGAGUGGCGAGGGACUGAAUGCAUCAAAGAAGAUUGUUAAAAACAAUUUGGAUAAAGUCUCUCAUGUUAUAAAAGAGUUGGUGACAAAUAUGCCUAGCAAAGCAGCAAGAAAGACAGAAGUCAAAAAGUUUUGUGUUAAGGUUUCUGUGAUCUUGUCUGAGCACAGCCUCACUAAGUAUUUUCUUAAAAGUUUGGCACCUGAUAUUCAAGCUGCCCUUGAGGCACAAUUCGGUGACAAUUUGUUUUGA